CUGUUACCUUUAGUACCUCCAAUUAUAUGGACCCUAAACACACCACUUCCACCCGCUGAGCAGGUCGUUAGUUUUGAGUCAGCUGGUGAUGAUACCCGCUGGUGGGAAACUCAGCCGAUUGAAAGGCUCUCGCUUGCAUCCAAUAAACUCAGCAAGUUGGACGGUCAGGGCCUAGCCCAAUUGGACACGCUUACUAUUCUAGAUCUCCGCGAUAACCUGCUAACUGAACUUCCAGAUGAAAUUGAAGCCCUUCUAAGCCUGAAACAGCUUGUUGUCGCGUGA